AUGGGCCUCUGCAGGGCUCUGGCUGGCCUGCUGCUGGCUUCCCUUCUCUCCCAAGCGCGUUCCAAGAUGACUGUGGAGGAAAUUGAGGACAAAGUGUACCUGAGAUGUGACAAUGACAUCAAGUGGAUUGCGGGAGCCAUGGGGGUGUAUAUGUCAGAAAACAAAAGAAUGGACUUGGGAAAGCGCAUCCUGGAUCCCCGGGGGAUAUACCAGUGUGAAGAAAACGUGAAGGAUGAGCCCUCAAAAAAUGUUACAGUGCAAAUUUACUAUCGAAUGUGCCAGAGCUGCGUGGAGCUGGACAUAACCUCCUUGACUGGCAUCCUGGUCGCUAACAUCAUAGCCACUUUGCUUCUGGCUUUGGGAGUCUAUUGCUUUGCCGGACAUGAGACCGGAAGGAUCUCUGGAGCCCAUUGACUUCGAAACAACAACCCCUUCAGUCACCUUGGUGAGAACUCGCACCCGAAUGAAUGAGCCCGAGCAGGGAGGCUUCUGGGAGCAACA